AGAAAAGCAUUCAAUUUAAAAACAAAAUCGAAAUUUUUAUUCUCAACUCCCGUCACCCUUCCCAAAGUCAACUCUCUCUCUCUCUCUCUACACAUUUAUCUUCGUCCCAUCUCUCUCUCUCUUCUUCAACUCCAACACCAAACCGUGAAUUCUCUCUCUCCCCCCUUCCUCUACUAGAGAAAGAGAAACAAGAAUUGAACAUUUCCAUCAUCGCAUAAACAGAAAUGGGAAAUGGAAUCGGAAAGCUGAGUCUGUGCUUCGCCGGAGACGCCGGCGAGAUUUCCCGGCGGCGCAACGACGUGGCAGUGUGCCUAUCGGAGCCGCUGGACGAGGGGUUGGGGCACUCGUUCUGCUACAUCCCGCCCGACCCUCUUCACAAAAUCCAAUCUUUGGACGACCCGUCAACCUCACAAACGACGGCGUACCGCACCAUCUCCGGCGCCUCCAUCUCCGCCAACACCUACACCCCUCUCUCCACCGCUUACACCGCUUCCGACUCAAUCGACAAAGCUUCCGCCUUUGAAAGCUCCAAUUUCUUCUCCUCAAUCCCGCUCCAGCCAAUCCCCAGAAACUCCAUCUCCACCGUCAAAUCCGGCCCGAUCCUCAGAAACUCCGGCCCGAUUUCCGGCCAGAUUGAGCGCGGGUUCUUGUCCGGGCCCAUCGAAAGGAGCUUCAUCUCCGGCCCCUUAGAGAAUCAGUACGAUCAGCAGCUGCAGAGGUACAAGCCCAAAUCUAAGAAAUGGGGUUUACUCAAAAAAAUUGCCUCCAAAUCUUUCUGGGGUUUCUCCAAAGAGUUAGGGAAAAAUCAUCAUCACCAAAACAUAGAGCACCACAAUCACAUCCCAUCAAGUAGUAGUAAUAGCGGCAACAGCAGCACGAUCACGAGCCACAAUUUGAGCACAGAUAUGAGCUUGAUUGAUGAAAACGACGACGUUGGGGACGAGUCUUUUGGUAGCCAAAAUGUGCAGUGGGCGCAGGGGAAAGCAGGGGAGGAUAGGGUUCACGUAGUCAUCUCUGAGGAGCAUGGAUGGGUAUUCGUAGGCAUCUACGAUGGAUUCAACGGCCCUGAUGCAACUGAUUUCCUCUUAAAUAAUCUGUACUCAAACGUGUCUAAAGAGCUCAAGGGUUUGCUGUGGGCCGAUUCUUGCGAAAACACGGUUACUGCAGCUUCUUUCAUGUCCAAGAGCUUGGACAGUAAGGAGAGGGUGGAUCUUGACAGGAGGUUGAGGGAGAAGCUCAGCAAUUUAGGGCCGGAUGGACCCGUGAAUCAUUUAGGGGUAUUGAAGGCCUUAUCCGAGGGGUUGAGGAAGACGGAGGCCUCCUAUUUGGAGAUAUCGGAUAUGAUGUUGUUGGAGAAUCCGGAGCUGGCUUUGAUGGGCUCCUGUGUGCUUGUGAUGGUGAUGAAGGGGGACGACGUUUAUCUGAUGAACGUGGGGGACAGUAGAGCGGUGUUGGCUCAGAGAGACGACGUUGGGAGGGCGAGGAAGGAUAGCGAGGAAGCGCUCUAUGGCUAUGAGUAUGAGAAUGUGCACCAUUUGAGUUGUUGUCAGCUCACAAUGGAUCAUGCCACUUGUGUCAAAGAGGAGGUGAGGAGGAUAAAAAAUGCACAUCCUGAUGAUCCGGCUGCAGUCAUCAAUGACAGAGUGAAAGGUUCCUUGAAGGUGACGAGGGCAUUUGGAGCUGGAUUUUUGAAACAUCCUAAAUGGAACAAUGCACUUCUAGAGAUGUUUAGGAUCGACUACGUUGGAACCUCACCGUACAUCAUAUGCUCGCCUUCUCUCUGCCACCACAAGCUAGACGCCAAGGACAAGUUCUUGAUCCUAUCUUCUGAUGGCCUUUACCAAUACUUCACCAAUCAAGAAGCCGUCUCAGAGGUUGAAACGUUCAUGGCAACGUUCCCAGAGGGGGAUCCGGCUCAACACCUUGUCGAGGAAGUCCUGUUUCGUGCAGCCAAGAAAGCUGGUAUGGAGUUCCAUGAGCUUCUUGAUAUCAGACAAGGCGACAGACGGAGGUACCACGAUGAUGUCUCGAUUAUCAUCAUCUCCUUCGAAGGAAAGAUAUGGAGAUCAUCGGUGUAAGUAGUAUUAGUGAGUAUAGAUACAGAUUAGGAAAAAGUGCAUAGAAAAGUUUUACAGUGUUGGAGAGUUGUUUUUGAGAUAUGAGAGCAAAAUAUAAGUGUGGAAAUACCUACCAGUGUGUGUAAAUUAUGUGUAUAAACUUGAGAAUUUUGUAAGUUGUGGUGCUAUCUUGAAACUAAACAUUCUUGAUCAAGAAGUACCAUUCAUACACUAUUCAGCUCUAAUACUAAUUCUUUUGUUCUUUGCAA